UAGUAAACAUUGUGUAACCUAAGUUGGAAUAUUUUCUGAAUUUAAUAUCAAAUUAUUAAUAAAAGUGCAAUUGUGGACAAUGUCUGACAAUGAUUGUGUUGUUUGUGGUAGGGAGGUUACUGCAAAAUGUGAAGCUGUAACAUAUGACGUUUGUGACAAGUGGCGCCAUAGACUAUGUGGCACAGGAAUCAGCCGUAGAGAUUACAGGCUUAUCGAGAAGGGGCUGAAGAAACUUAAUCAUGUGUGUCCGCCCUGUUCCGAGGCACCCCAGGAGCUAAGUGAUCCAAACAGUACCAUGCCCAUGGACAUCUCUGAGGACAUGCACUCUACAAUGAUAGAUUCAUCUCAAGUGCACGGGACAUUCCAUCUACAGGUGAGCAUAGAGUCUGUACCGAUGCCGCCACAGUCACCGACGUCUCCAUCCCCUGCUCUAUCACUGCCGCCACCACCAACGCCUCCAUCACCUGCUCUAUCACUGCCGCCACCACUGACGCCUCCAUCACCUACAGCUUUGCAGCUACCUCAGAGCUGGACGUUCCCACCAACACCAUCACCACUAGGUCCAUCACCACCAUCACCAUUGUCAUCUGGGUUUGACAUUUCCAGACACGGCUCUGCUGACACGACCAUGUAUAUUGAACAAUCUCUUGACGAACGACCAAUGUCUCAGACGAUUCUGGAAGAUGCCGGUGAGAUUACCUAUGACGUCAUCAAAGAAGGAAUCAUUCGUAAGAAACCGAAGCUAGUUACAUCAGAUGGACACUCCUACGUCAUAAAGGUGCCUGGGAAGAAAACAACAUACUGGCGAUGCUGUGUACGACGCAAAGGCAACCACUGUGGCGCUACAGUAGCUCAGAGAGACAAUGUCUUCAUACCAGGUUCAGCACCACACACUCACCCCGGUGACCUGCUAGUAGCCAAGAAGCCCAUUCUUGCACGAGAUGCCAAGCAGGAGGCCGUGCGACAUAUAGAACUCAGACCGACCAUGUUUGCCGAUGAAGCCAUGACGUCAUUGUUUGGGUCCAAAGACAGCAGAAUACCAAAAACAAAAUCAGUCAUCAGAAAAAUGCACCGUGCCAGGGAGGGGGUUCUCCGAAAACAGCCAAAGAACUUGGAUUUCGAGUUUGAUGACGAGUUCCUCAAGGAGCCAUUUCUGGUAGGAGAUGUCCAUGUGACCGGAGAACGCCACAUGAUGUUCGCCACCCAGACACAGCUGGACCUGUUGACCAAAGCACGGAAGUGGUACUUAGACGGUACAUUCAAGGCAGUACAUUUACCAUUCGUUCAGCUGUGGUCUAUCCAUGCCUUCAUCCGAGAGGGAGACAACAUGAAGCAGGUGCCACUUAUGUACAUGCUGACGACAAGACGCCGAAAGCAGGACUAUGUUGCUAUCCUGCAGAAGGUUCUUGACAUUCUGGAAGAGGCUCCAGCGGUAGAGUGCUUCACCAUGGACUUUGAGAUAGCUCUGUGGCAUGCCCUGAGGGAGGUGUUCCCCAGUAGUAAGCUUAAGGGUUGUGCAUUCCACUGGUCACAGGCUGUACAGAAGCACAUCGGAGAGUUUGGUCUCGCCAGAACAUACAGAGAACGUCAGUCAUUACACAGUCUGAUACGCAAGUUAUUGGCACUGCCGUUCCUCCCUGCAGCAGACAUUAAACGGGCCUUCAGGAAACUAAAAGAGCAGGCGGACGACUGUAACGAACAAGUCCAGGACCUCUUCACUUAUGUAAGCGACGAAUGGCUUGAGAGCUCUAAGUGGUCUGAAGAUGAGUGGUCUGUGUACCGUCAGACCAUCCGUACCAACAAUGACACAGAGGGGUGGCACCGAAAACUUAACACAAAGGCCGGCAGAGGGAAGGUCAAGACCUACCGCCUUCUGGAGAUCCUCCUUGUAGAAUCUAAGUUGGUGAAUCUGGAAGUGACCAGACUUCUUGAAGGAACUACAUCCCGUCGAUGUCGUCUCAGUGAUGAAUGGUUGUUUGAUUUAUGGGAUCAGUAUGAUAACCAUGACAUUGUUUGUGAAGAACUCCUUGGAUAUGUUGGAAAGUAUUAUGGACAGUUUUAA